UCCACUUAAUCGAGAAACUUUUAAACUCUAAUUUUCUUUUAUGAGAUUGAUGAUCCUGAUGAGAUUUUAAUCUUAAUAUUUAUUCUUAGAACAUAUUGAUUAUCGAGUAAUUUAAUCGAUUGAGAUGUCACGGAAAGGAGUGAUUAUUAGUGUUUAUGUUGAAUCUUCAUCAACCAUAGAUUCACAAUACAAAUUUGAUCAAUUGAAAAGAAGUCAAGCCAAUGAAUUUGAUGAAUCGAGGCCUAAGGGCACAACAAGAAGAAGAGGGUAUGAUCGUCGUGCACAACUUCUUGCUUAUGCUCAUGAGUUGAGGCAUGCCAAGUCUACAAACCCUCAAUGUACGCCAAAUCCAAAGCACAAGGGAAGGAGAUGGACAAGAAGGAUUGGAUUGUCAUUUCCCCGUUUAUUUCGUCGAAAAAAUAAGGAGCAGAAGUAUGAACAAAUGGGAAAAGAAGAUCAUUGUGAUGCUGAUGAAAAGAAAAAGAGGAAUGGAGAAAAUGACAAUAAAGCCACGUCUAAUUUUUGUAAGAAAUUGAAGUGUUUUCUAAAAGACAUAUCAUGUAGUAUUUGGCAAUUUGGCAAGAAAUAAAGAUGAUCAGCUCAGGGACCUAAGUAUACUUUAUAUUAUGGGUUCGACAUGAUUCAGUAAUUUUAGUUUAAAUUUAUAUAUAUCUAUAUAUAUAUAUAUAUGUGUGUGUGUGUGUGUGUGUGUGCGCGCACUAAAAGAUUCACUAAAUAUGUAUAAAGAUAAA